ACAAUCAUUGACCGUGCUCAGUAGUCGAUCAACAGGUGGACAAACAGGAGAUCAAUUCUGAACACAUGAUAUAGACUCAUUCAUCCGAAUAUAGGAUUUUUCAAGUAGACAUCUUUUUUAUUUAACACAAUGACAGAGUUUCAGCCUCCGUAUUUUCCUCCUCCGUUUUCCAGCUCCCUCCAAGGUUCCGUCGGAGGCCUAAGUCAUCAGACUGAUCUGUUCCAACCUAUCUCUGAUCCAUACCAACAACAUUUUCAACAAUCCAACCUUCACUCCUUCCCAUAUGACUCUCUAAGACGGGAUUACGAGAGAUUUGAGAGUCACGAGAUCCUACAAGAGAAUCUCCCUGAACCAAACGUUGAACAUUUUACAAGUGUUUCUCCGAUCAAGAAAGAGUUGACUCUCUUCUCUCCGAACAAGGAUCCUCACAAUCAAAAUAUGAUGAAGGUUCUUCCCACAGAUAUCUUCUGUUCUACUCCGGGUAGGCUCUCCCUCCUCUCCUCAACCUCUAAGUACAAGGUCACCAUAGCUGAGGUUCAGAGAAGACUCUCUCCUCCGGAGUGUCUCAAUGCGUCCCUGCUGGGAGGAGUUCUCCGACGAGCCAAGUCCAAGGACGGAGGAAAACUGUUAAGAGAUAAACUGGAUAAAUUAGGAAUGACCCUUCCUGCUGGGAGAAGGAAGGCUGCCAACGUGACCCUGCUGACAUCCCUGGUGGAGGGGGAGGCGAUUCACCUGGCCAGGGACUUCGGGUACGUGUGUGAGACAGAGUUCCCAGCCCGGCAGGUUGCGGAGUAUCUCUCUAGACAGCAUACAGAUCCAUCCGAUAUGUACAGGAGAAAAGAACUACUUUAUGCAUCAAAGUACAUCUGUAAAGAGUUGAUGGACCUGUUAAACCAGGAUAGAUCUCCUCUCUGCAACACCAGACCCCAACCUAUCCUAGAUCCUAGUAUACAGAGACAUCUAACCCAUUUCUCCAUGAUUACACACGGUUUCGGUUCUCCAGCUAUAGUUGCUGCUCUCACCUCUAUUCAGAACUAUCUCAACGAGAGUGUCAAGUAUUUGGAUAAGGUUUAUCCUAGCUCCAAUAUAUCUCUACCAAGCAGUCUAGAGAACAAGAGUCUCUACAUCGAUGCCAAGAUCAUGUUUGGACAAGAAGACAAGAACAAAUAAUUGAUUUAGCUCAUAUAUAAAAAAACCUGGUUGUCCCAAAUUCCAAGUUCAAAAUUUUACUCAUAAUCUGUGAUAUUUUUAGGUUUAAGAAUUUGUUUUGCUUAUUUAUUUAGUUAAUUUAAAUGUUCUCUGUUGAUCAAUCUAAUCUCUAAAUAGUGAGAUAAAACAGUAUUAUGUAUUUUAUUUCAUAU